AUGAAGUACUCUUUCGCCACCGUUCUCGCUCUUGCGACCGCCGCUCUCGCCAGGCCCAAGUUCACGAACUCCAACUACGAUCUUGUCGUCGGCGAGCCUUUCACUCUCAGGUGGGACUCUGCCGAGGGCAAUGUCAAGAUUUCGCUCUACAAGGGCACCGCCGGAGAUGAGAACAGCUUCAAGCCCGUCCAGGUCCUUACUACCACCUCCGGCGCUAGCGGCUCCUUCACCUACACUCCCACCGACAGCUUGAACGGUGACUAUGCCUUUGUCAUUGAGGACGAGAGCGGGGACCCCCGCAACUUCAGCCCAGCUUUCCCUCUUGAGGGUACCGAGGUCGUCACCUCUGCCACCACCUCUGUGACCACCAUCACUAGCACUGCUGAGUCCUCCACCGAGACCUCCACAGAGUCUUCCACUGAGACUGAGACCUCCACCGAGUCCACCACUGCUACCACUCUCGAGACCACUACCACUGCCCCACCCACCAGCACUCGCCGCGCCCAAGAAACCGAGACUGCUCCCCCCAACACCAACAACGGUCAGCGCUUUGCUUCCUCGCUCGCGCUCGUCCUCGGUACUGUUGCCGCCCUUGUCUUCUUUAACUAAGUUGAUACCAUGAGGGUUGUUGCUGGUGUUUUGAGUUGAGAUUUUCUGGCGUUUAACAGUCACCAAAAACUUGGCUAAUAAUACCCCGGGCUUGUUUGUUUGGGUGGUUGUUGGUUUCUUGUUUUUUUUUUUUCUUGUUGGGUGUUUUUGGUGAGGGUUUUUUACUUCUCGUACAUAGGUUGGUACCUUUUUUUUCGUGAAGGGAAGGCUAGCUGUAAUUGGUUAAUUGGCUGAGGGGAAGGGAGGUGCGUGUUGUCUUCUUGUUUAUGAUUAACAAAGAUGGGGGUGAUUGGUUUAAGGCGGAGUAGGAUAGGGAGGGAGAAGACAGAUGAAUGUUAGGAUGUAAUGGAUUAUAUUUUAUGAUUAACUUGAUGACUUG